AUGAGAACAAGGUGCGGUAUCUUGACAACUAAAGCUGUGUUGUCAGGCCUUUCUGUCCACAGAUGAGUUCUCUCCAGAUGAUCUGUGAGCAGCAUCUCGGUGAACUGGCCUUGGGGAUGAUCCAGCUUGUGUUCUCCUUUUCAAAUCAUCUGCAAUGAAGCGAAUCAAAUCUGCAGUUGCUAAAUUGCCAUCCUGUGCUGAGUGUGAACAAAAACAAAACAGGCAGCCUUUGAGCCCAGCAGAGGACGGAAGAAAACUUGACGUCAGCCCUCAAAAGACAAAACUAAUGGGAAAUUGGAGUCACAUCAUCUUUCGGAAUCCAGACAGCAGAUCAGUCCGGGCAAAGCAGUCAAAUGCCCACACAGCAGCUUAUGACUCACUGUGACGCCAGAGAUGUUUAGUUAGUGCAGAAGAACGCACAUAACUGAGUUGACAAACAUGACUUACAGCAAACUUUUUAUCAUGGUCCUUUUUCUUCUUUGCAGCUUGGGUGGUGUGCUCUCAGACACCACUGCAUCUUGCUACAGAAUUGAGCCUGGAACAAUAGCAGGCAUCAUCUUUGCAGAUGUGUUGUUGACUCUCAUCAUUGUGGCUGUCACUUACCGCUGUGCCAGCUUACGGCGUCAGAAGAUAGAAAAUGCUGACAAAGUGUACAUGAAUGUCCGGGCCAACUGCAAGAGCUAAUCUAAUGAAGUAGAACAUUGUGAAAUCAUUCACGGUUCAAUCGUUCAGUCUUUUUUUAGAUCAAUUUGAUUUGUGUUUUUUUGAGGGGGGGGGGGGGGGGGGGCGGCGUUGUUUGCAGGGAUUGAGUGUGUUUGUUCUUUUUCAGUACUUAUGUAGUAUUUAUUACGAUUUUUAUUUCUUUGUUUCUACCUUCACUCUCCUGACCCCAGGAAACGCUGUCUCAUUUUCAGUUGUAUGUACAGUGACAAUAAAGCCUGAUUUGAUUUGAUUUACAUUAAACAAUAAAUACAAGUGUCUUUCAAGUAUCAAUCCUCUGUUUAGUUCAUUACCCAUACAAUGAACACUAAUAACGCUUAACCCACAGAAACCAUCUUACAG